UAAGCACAUAAAGCAGUCACUGUGGAGUGGAGAAAAAUAACAUUUUGAGAAAUUUUCCAGUCACAAUUGAUAAAGAAAAAAAACAAUAGAGAAGUGCAUCCUCUUGGAUAUCUCAUUGUACUGCUUUUUAUAAUUCAGCUUAGUAAUGAAGCCACCAUUAUGUCCUCAGUCAGUGAAGUGAAUGUGGAUAUUAAAGAUUUCCUAAUGACCAUUAAUUUGGAGCAGUACCUCCUAUGCUUCCGUGAGUCUGGUUUUAAUACUGUGAGGGACUGUGCAGCGAUAAAUGACAGUGUGCUACACAAAAUUGGAAUAUCACCUACAGGACACCGUCGGAGGAUACUUAAACAGUUACAAAUAGUCUUGUCAAAAAUGCAGGACAUGUCAAUAUAUGCAAAUGUUCAUAAAACAAAGAAGAAUGAUGACACUUCAAAGGAUCACCGUGCUACAUCUCCUGAUCAGAAGACCUGCAUAGAACUCUCAGAUUCUGUUAGUGUUCUGACCACGAGCCAGCCACAGUUGGAGACUGUUACAAAAAGUCCUGAUGCAAAUGAUUUUAGUGUGGAAAAUAGCCAACCUCUGCAAUCAGACGAUAGAUUGUCUCUUUCUAAACAUGACCUUCCUGUUUCAGAAGAACCACACUCAAAUAUGGAAUCUUUUCAUGAUUCUUUUUUUGGUAGUGAAAAUGUUAAAAUAGAAUCUUUGAUUACAAAGAAGACUAUGGAUUGCACAAUCGAAGAACAACAAACAGAAAAAGUUAAUUUUAUCUCAGAAAAUCUCAGCAAGCUUCCUAAGGAAGACCCUGAAUGCAUUUCUUCUGCUGGCUGUUCAACCUCAGAAGCAGAUUCCGGAAAUGGACCUAAUGGUGUGUUAGAAAGAUCACCACCAUCCCCGUUCUUUCAAUUUCAAGGAGAAAUGGUUGUAAAUGAUUUGUAUGUUCCAUCGUCACCAAUCCUAUCGCCUAUGAGAAGUCGUAGCAAGUUGGUUUCAAGACCAUCUCGAUCUUUUCUGCUGAGACAUCGGCCUGUACCAGAGAUCCCAGGGUCAACAAAAGGAGUUUCAGGGAGCUAUUUCCGUGAGAGAAGAAACAUUGCUACCUCAACUGGAAAAUCUGUGACAUGGCAAAAGUCAAAUGAAGAGAAGUCAUCUUCCAUCUUUCCUUAUGGAGAGACCUUUCUCUUCCAGAAACUAGAAAAUUCCAAGAAAAGGUCUAUAAAGAAUGAAUUUUGGACCCAUGAAGAAACACUCAAAGGGGAAUCAACUACUGCAGGGAACUCUUUUAUCAUCAGAUCAAGCAUAUAUGAUAACAGGAAGGAGAAAAUAAGUGAAGACAAAGUGGAAGAUAUUUGGAUACCUCGAGAGGACAAAAACAAUUUCCUGGUAGACUCUGCUUCCGAAUCAGAAUACUCAACGGUAGAAGAAUGCUUUCAGAGUUUAAGAAGAAAAAAUUCAAAGGCGUCUAAAUCUAGGACUCAAAAAGUGUUGAAUUUGGACCCUGUUAAUAGGCACAGUUACCCAUUAAGCUCAACAAGUGGAAAUGCUGAUUCAUCAACCGUUUCCUCAAACUCAAUAUCUCCGUAUGCCUGUUUCUAUGGAUCAUCUGCAAGGAAGGUUAAAUCGGGGUGGCUAGACAAACUCUCUCCUCAAGGAAAACGCAUGUUUCAGAAGAGAUGGGUGAAAUUUGAUGGCCUUAGCAUUUCUUACUACAAUAAUGAGAAGGAAAUGUAUUCAAAAGGAAUAAUUCCACUUUCUGCUAUAUCAACAGUACGAGUUCAAGGAGACAACAAAUUUGAAGUUGUUACAACACAAAGAACUUUUGUUUUUAGAGUAGAAAAAGAAGAGGAAAGAAAUGACUGGAUCAGCAUACUGUUAAAUGCACUGAAAUCGGAGUCCCUUACCUCGCAGUCUCAAGCAGUUGUUACACCUGAGAAAUGUGGAUAUCUUGAAUUGAGAGGAUAUAAAGCCAAAAUUUUUACUGUGUUAAGUGGAAAUAGUGUGUGGCUUUGUAAAAAUGAACAGGAUUUUAAGAGUGGACUUGGUAUUACCAUAAUUCCUAUGAAUGUAGCAAAUGUAAAGCAAGUGGACCGAACUGUGAAACAGUGUUUUGAAAUAAUCACUCCCUAUCGGAGUUUCAGCUUUACAGCAGAGUCUGAAAAAGAGAAACAAGACUGGAUUGAAGCUGUGCAGCAGUCGAUAGCAGAAACUCUCUCUGAUUAUGAAGUAGCUGAGAAGAUUUGGUUCAAUGAGUCCAACAGGAGCUGUGCAGAUUGCAAAGCCCCGGAUCCAGACUGGGCAUCCAUCAAUCUCUGUGUUGUCAUCUGUAAGAAGUGUGCAGGACAACAUAGAUCUUUGGGACCCAAAGAUUCCAAGGUUAGAAGUCUAAAGAUGGAUGCCAGCAUUUGGAGUAAUGAGCUCAUAGAGCUUUUUAUUGUCAUUGGAAACAAGAGAGCAAAUGACUUUUGGGCUGGUAAUCUCCAAAAGGAUGAAGAAUUACACAUGGACUCACCAGUAGAAAAGAGAAAAAACUUUAUUACUCAGAAAUAUAAAGAAGGAAAAUUCAGAAAGACCCUUUUGGCAUCUCUCAGCAAAGAAGAAUUAAAUAAGGCCCUGUGUGCUGCUGUGGUGAAGGCAGAUGUUCUGGAAACAAUGGCUUUGCUGUUCAGUGGGGCAGAUGUCAUGUGUGCAACUGGAGACCCCGUGCACAGCACGCCCUACCUACUGGCCAAGAAGGCCGGCCAGAGUCUGCAAAUGGAGUUCCUCCAUCACAACAAGUUCUCAGAUUUCCCUCAGCAUGACGUUCAUUCUGAGGGUGGAUUAAAUCAAGAGUCUUCGCAGUCCACGUUCCUCUGUGACUUUUUGUAUCAAGCUCCUUCUGCUGCUUCUAAACUCUCUUCAGAGAAAAAACUGCUUGAAGAGACAAAUAAAAAGUGGUGUGUUUUGGAAGGAGGCUUCUUGAGUUACUAUGAAAAUGACAAGUCUACCACGCCUUAUGGCACCAUUAAUAUCAAUGAAGUUAUCUGCCUGGCUAUACAGAAAGAGGACUUCUAUUUAAAUACUGGGCCCGUCUUUAUCUUUGAGAUCUAUUUACCCUCAGAACGUGUGUUUUUAUUUGGAGCUGAAACAUCUCAAGCUCAAAGAAAAUGGACAGAGGCAAUAGCUAAGCAUUUUGUUCCCUUGUUUGCUGAAAGCUUAACAGAAGGUGACUAUGAUUUGAUUGGUCAACUCUUCUACAAAGACUGUCAUGCCCUGGAUCAGUGGAGAAAAGGCUGGUUUGCUAUGGACAAAUCUAGUUUGCAUUUUUGCCUUCAAAUGCAAGAAGUUCAGGAAGAUAGAAUGCGCUUAAGAAGACUGCAAGAGCUAACAAUCAGCACAAUGGUUCAAAAUGGGGAAAAACUGGACGUCUUACUCUUGGUAGAAAAAGGGAGAACAUUAUACAUCCAUGGGCAUACCAAGUUGGAUUUCGCAGUCUGGCGUACUGCAAUUGAAAAAGCAGCAGGUACAGAUGGUAAUGCUUUACAAGAUCAGCAGCUCAGCAAAAAUGACGUUCCCAUUAUAGUGAACAGCUGCAUAGCAUUUGUUACGCAGUAUGGUUUAGGAUGCAAAUAUAUCUAUCAAAAGAAUGGUGAUCCUUUGCACAUAAGUGAACUCCUGGAGAGUUUCAAGAAGGAUGCAAGAAGCUUUAAACUGAGGGCUGGGAAACAUCAGCUUGAAGAUGUGACGGGUGUGUUGAAAAGUUUUCUCUGUGACAUUGAAGAUGCACUUCUCACCAAGGAGCUCUAUCCGUACUGGAUCUCCGCUUUAGAUACACAGGAUGAAAAAGAAAGAAUUAAAAAGUAUGGAGCAUUUAUACGUACUCUUCCAGGGGUCAACCGAGCAACUUUGGCAGCUAUAAUUGAACACCUUUACAGGGUUCAGAAAUGUUCGGAAAUCAAUCACAUGAACGCCCAUAAUUUGGCCUUGGUCUUUUCAUCCUGUUUGUUUCAAACGAAGGGACAAACUAGCGAAGAAGUGAAUGUAAUUGAGGACUUAAUUAAUAAUUAUGUAGAAAUAUUCGAGGUUAAAGAAGACCAAGUCAAACAAAUGGACAUAGAAAAUAGCUUUAUUACCAAAUGGAAAGACACUCAAGUUUCCCAGGCUGGAGAUUUGUUAAUUGAAGUAUACGUAGAAAGAAAGGAACCUGACUGUAGUAUUAUAAUUCGGAUAUCUCCUGUGAUGGAAGCAGAAGAGUUAACUAAUGAUAUGUUAGCAAUAAAAAAUAUCAUUCCUACAAAAGGUGACAUUUGGGCCACAUUUGAAGUCAUCGAAAAUGAAGAACUAGAGCGACCUCUUCACUACACAGAAAAUGUGCUGGAGCAGGUGCUUCGGUGGAGUUCAUUAGCUGAACCUGGCUCUGCCUAUCUGGUGGUGAAGAGAUUUUUAACCACUGACACAAUUAAACACUACAGCGAGAGGAGUGCACUGGAAAGUGUCAAAGAAGGAGUCUUGAAAGUCAAAGAAGAACCAUCUAAAAUACUGUCUGGAAAUAAGUUUCAAGACCGGUAUUUUGUUUUACGAGAUGGAUAUCUCUUUCUUUACAAGGACAUGAAGAGUAGUAAGCAUGACAAAAUGUUUCCCCUCAGUUCAAUGAAGUUUUAUCUUGGAGUGAAGAAGAAAAUGAAGCCUCCAACAAGUUGGGGAUUGACAGCAUACUCUGAAAAACAUCACUGGCACCUGUGUUGUGACAGUUCGCAAACUCAGAUGGAAUGGAUGGCCGGUGUUUUUAUUGCCCAGCAUGAAAAUGAUAUAUGGCCACCAGCUGGAAAGGAACGGAAACGUUCAAUAACCAAAAAUCCCAAAAUCGGAGGUUUGCCUCUAAUUCCCAUCCAACACGAGAAGAAUGCAACCCAAGCCAGGAGAAAUAUUGAGAGUGCAAGAGCAGAACUUGAAAGGCUGCGGCUCAGUGAGAAGCAUGAGAGGGAGUCUGUGGACUCAAGCUUAAGGGAGAGGGCCUCCAUGGUGGCCCAGUGCCUGGAGCACAAGGACGACAGACUUCGAACCCGAACCCGGAAACAUCGGAGUCUCAACUGCCUGGAGGACACAGAGGCGGAGGCCCCACAAGUACAUCAGAAAGGCCAUAAAGGCCUAAAGACAUUGAGGAAGACUGAGGACAGGAAUAACAAAGCUACUUUGGACUCUGAUCAUAAGUUACCAUCAAAGGUAAUUGAAGAACUUAGUGUGGUUCUACAACGGUCAAGAACCCUUCAGAAAGAGUUGCAGGAUGAGCAGACUCUGCAGAAAGAAAUAAAAUGAAUUGGUCUCCCAAUUUUUAUUUUAAUAUUGUAUACAAUGUGUGUAAAUCAGAAACCAAACUAUAAGAUAAUUCAUAAGAAUUUAUCUGUCUGUAGGCAAAUGUGUCUAUACUCAAGAAAUUUAUCUAUACUUACGCAUUUAAAGAGCAUUUUAAAAUAUGUAUAUAUGUGAUUAAGUGUAAGAUUAACUUUAUUUUGGUCUAAACAAAGCUUGUAAAGUUCAAUUGUAUUAACCUUGUGUAAGAAGGCGUUGCAUUCCUUUAAGUGGUCAGCCUUUUAAAGCAGUCUAUUAUAUGGUGUAAUUUAUGAGCAGAAAUCUCAAACUGUACUGUAUUGUAUAAAAUGCUGUGUUUAAAUGAAGCCUAUGAAACUAUCUGUAACAUAGUUUGCACUUUGAAAAACCUUGUAUAUUAAAUUACCAUAUGUUUUUAGGUUUACAUGGGAUCCACCUUAGGGAAAAGUAAGGGAAGUAAAUUGAAAAGGGGGGAGUUUAUUUUACUGGCUGCCUAACAAGCAACACUGGGGUUUUAAAAAGAGGCAAAAAGUUAACAAAUGUCCUACAAAGCAAAGAAUUGAGCCAAGAUUCAUUCUAGUUCACUAAUGAGCAGAACUUGUUAAUGAGAAACUGCUUGUUAGGAAAAAAAUCCACUGUUUUCCCAAGAGUUGUAUUCAGCCAACAGAUGUGAAUAAUGGCACUGGCCACUCUUAUCUAUGGUGUCAGAGAACCAGCCACGUCGUACAAGUCACUACACUGGGGCUCUUUGCCAGUUGCUGCUCAGAGGAGACUUCCGCUGCGUUGCAGAGAUCGUACUCACAGGCCCUGGCUUGAGGGCCACGUGUGCUGUUGCUGUCCGCAGGCAGGUUUUUGGAGUUCUGAACUAUUGGUACGAACAAAAUUCAUCACAGGGUCUUGUUUCUGUUGUUGUUUGGUUUUUUUAUUGUUUUAUGUUUAUGUCUUAUUAUUUUAAGUUAGGUUGUAAUGUCUCUCUCUGGAUUGCCAGAACUAAUUGGAAGCACAUAACAUAUAUGGCCAUGUUGGGGUAUGGAGAUAGUUUACUACACGUUUGGCAGCUACCUGUUCACAUUUAAUCUAGUCUUUUUUUUCUUUUUUUUUUUUUUUUCAAUAAAGCAGUGGUAUCCUCCCUGUGCCUAAAAAUAAUGAGCCCUUUAUUUUUGUUUCCAUAUAAAGAUCAGCUAAUGAAUUGGCGAUUUUCCUAAAAAAGAUAAUGCUAUCUAAUUAUACUUUAUGUUGGGACAUUUUUCAUCAUUUUCUUUCAAAUUGUAUUGGGUUUGGUAUUAAAAAUUAUUUCAUGCAGCUAAGUUUUAUUCCUAGCAUUUCUUUUUUUCCUCUCUGUUUUUAAAGAUAUUUUUCUUAUCAGAAUCUGUCUAUAUACAAAGGCCCACAAUUAAGUCAGUCCACUCAUGGUAAAGUAAUGUUCUGUUAAAUGCUAUGAAUUUCUUUAUUGCAAAAUGCUGACCACUUAUGUUUGGUGGUGAUAAAAAAAAUAGCUUACCCCUGGGUAUGUGAUAUUUAUUCUUUAAAUAAAUUAGAAUUUUAAAAAACCCACAAAACUGCAGGACAGUUUAUGAAGUAGGUGGCACUAUUAGGGAGCCUUCCUUUAAAGCAAGAAAUCAUGUUAUUUAGAAAUAAAACUAAUCUUAAAUAUACUAUUUCUAAUAAAUAAUAUUUAUAUUUUUAUGAAAUAUAUAUGAAAAUCAAUGUGUUUGCCAAUGUUGGCCAGUGGGAAAGUAUCGGGGGUUUUUACCUGCCUUAUCUGAAUUUUUCUUGAAACUUGAGCUUAAAAUCCAAUAGUUUUUGUGUCCCUUCCUUUCCUGAACAAUUGUCUCCAUUUUUCAAGUGUGUAAGAUAAGGGCUAACGAUGACAUCUCAUAUAUUUUGAGUAAAAAUUAAAAUUGUUUUACAAGUCCUCCUGAA